CAACUGAUUAUGCAACUUGCUUCUUGGUGCUGCUAUAAGUAACCUAGUGCCGAUUGUGGUCACUCACACCACCAAAAGUCUUACCCAUCAAGCAAAACCUUCUUUCGGUUUCCCUCAUUUGUCAUAAACCCUACGAAACCCUACAGCUUUCCACCCAAAGAUCAGGUCUGAUUCUUUCAACACAUGAUUUCUAGAGUGCCAUAGAAGUUGGAUUCCUUUUGUCAACAUUCACUUUUUUUGUCCUAUAUAACCAUAAACCAACUUCUUCUUCUAGCUAUAGCUCACUAUCCAUGGGACUAUCUUUCUGCAGUUUUCUCCUCUUUUUCUUCCUCCUUUACGUCCAUUUUAGUUCUGUUAACUCCCGAUCACUUGAUCACAUUUCCCCAUCACCAUCUCCUUCUCCGGAACCAGCAAUGAUCCCCAAGAAUCAAUAUUUACAUGUUCUUGAUGUGAGGUCGUUCGGUUCCGUAGGAGAUGGGGUGACGGAUGACACACAAGCUUUCAAAAUGGCGUGGGAUUCAGCUUGUCAAAACGACGAACCCACGAUCCUUCUUGUUCCAAAGCAUUAUACUUUCUUGAUACAGUCCACCAUUUUCACUGGAAGUUGUGGGAAUAGGGUUGUGUUUCAGAUUGAAGGGACAAUUACGGCACCAGAUGGACCAAGUUCGUGGCGGAAAGGUAACAGCAUGAGACAAUGGCUGGUGUUUUAUAGGGUAAAUGGCAUGUCUCUACAAGGUGGUGGAGUUAUUGAUGGAAAAGGAGAAAAGUGGUGGAAUCUUCCUUGCAAACCUCACAAAGGACCAAACGGAACAACUCUACCUGGUCCUUGUGACAGUCCUGUUGCUAUUAGAUUUUUCAUGAGCACAAAUAUAACAGUAAAAGGAAUUAAAGUGAAGAAUAGCCCACAAUUCAACUUCCGUUUCGAUGGGUGCCAUGGCGUAUACAUAGAUUCGUUGAAUAUUAAAGCUCCAUCUCUAAGCCCCAACACUGAUGGAAUCCAUAUCGAGAACACAAACGAUGUGAAGAUAUACAACUCACUUAUAUCCAAUGGUGAUGAUUGUGUGUCAAUUGGGGCAGGGAGUUAUGAUGUAGACAUAAAGAACAUAACAUGUGGUCCAAGCCAUGGGAUAAGCAUUGGUAGUCUUGGGAUGCGUAACUCACGAGCAUGUGUAUCAAACAUAGUAGUAAUGGAUUCAGUCAUAAAGCAUUCAGACAACGGUGUUCGAAUCAAGACGUGGCAAGGAGGAUUAGGUUCAGUGUCAAAUGUUCGAUUCAUCAACAUCCAUAUGGAUACUGUUCGAAAUCCGAUCAUGAUCGACCAAUACUAUUGCCAAACAAAAUUGUGUCCGAACCAGACUUCAGCAGUGAGCAUAUCAGACAUAGUUUACGAGAGAAUUAGAGGAACUUAUGAUGUUAGAAGUCCAGCCAUGCAUUUGGGGUGUAGUGACAGUGUACCAUGUAGAAACCUAACAUUUUCUGAAGUGGAAUUGUGGCCUUCUCAAGGCCAGAUUAUGUCGAGUCCUUUUUGUUGGAAUGCAUAUGGGGAUCUUCAGACUCUAACUGUUCCACCGAUUUUUUGUUUGUUGGAGGGUAACCCUAUAUCCCUUCCUACAGCUGAUGUAGAUCAAUGUUGAACAUGAGUUUGGGUAAGGUGUUGAAACUUACUCAUAGAAACUUUGAAAUCUUGAGUUUAAAUAUGUUAUUUUGGGUGUUAUGUGUUAUAGAAUGUGUCAAUAGGGGCAAGAAAAGUUUAUCCCCUUACUAUUGUGAAAUUUAUAGAAUAUAAUGAAGCAUGUAUUUAUACAUGUUGCCUAAGAGGCUUUAUAUGUACAUUGUUACAAAAUGCAUAAUUGCAUACACUACAUGAUAUGACGAUCUUGUCUAA